CCCGCCCCUACCCGCCCCGCAAACUCGCUCGCUCGGCUUUUGCUCGGCUUCGGCUCGGCCAGGUUGGGUUCGGGUCGGCUGCGUCGCCGCGCCGCGCAGCACGCGCAGCGCCCGGCCGCCCGGCGUCCGCAAGGCUUGCGUGUAUGUGAGUAGUAAAAUAGUGUGUUGGUGUUAGUGUGUCGCGCCGCGCGCCCGAGCGCGGUCCUACGUGAGACGCGCCGCGCUGACGGCCAGCGCGCGUGCGCUGUUGCUGUUAGUGACACACCGGACACCGUAGUGAGUGGCAGUGACUGACAACAGCAACGACAGUGAACAGGAACAGUGUCGGCCCGCACGCGCGUGCUGUUAGCGAUAUCCAGUGACGUAGUGAGUGUCAGUCGUGUCAGUGACUGAAAGCAGCAGAGGCAGUGAACAGGCGUGUGCCCGUCUGCUCGCGCGUGUCAUUGUCAUCAGUAGUGACAGUGAGUGUUGUGUUAGUGAUGCCAGUGGCCAGUAAUGACUGACAGCAGAAUGCGGGACAUUGAACAGGAGGACGACCCAGCUCCCUGCGAGCCGGCCGACGCGGGCCCCGCCCCCGCCGCGCUCCUCUGCCAAGACAAACUUGAGACACACGAGGGCUGCGAGGUUAGGCUCGACAAUCUGCGCGAACUUGGUGAGGACCGGGAUGAGUACGGCGCGCUGUACCACGUCGUCCGCGGGUGCGCCGACAGCGCCUUCCGCGCGCUCGCCGUGCAGCUGUUCGAGGACGAGAAGCACCACCCGGUGGUGCGACGCUCGGUGGUCAACCACGUCGCCAGGCACUGGUCGACCUACGCCCAGCUGACCAGCGGCCACGCCGACGCGGCCGAGUACCGCCGGCACAUGGAGCAGGACGGCGCCCGCGGCGGCCUCGUGGAGGUGCGCGCGGCCGGGGAGGCCUUCUACCGCUCCGUGGCCGUCGUCCACGACGGCGUGCUCGAGAUGGCCCACCUCAUCAGCAACGGCGAGAAGCCGCUCGUGCUGCGCCAGGUCGGGGAGGUGCCCGCGGAGCACUACGACGCCUGCAUCACGCUGCCCGCGGCCGGCUGGAAGGGCGGCCAGGUCGACAUCGCCAAGCUGGAGGAGUCGCUGUACAGGGUGGGAGCAGUGGCAGCCCCGGAUGAGUCCCGCGCCGAACGAGAAGAGGCGGAGUCCACCGAGCCGCCGGAUGCCGCCGUGCGGAACAAGAAGAAGGCCGAGAAAAUGCGCGACACUCGCCAGAGUAUGACAGAGGAGGAGCGCGCGCUGCAGCUGGAGAAGGACAGCGCAAACUACCAUGGGGGCCUCCAGGAAGGCCUCCGGGAGUCGCUGAACGCGAGGCACCACGUCGUGGAGGUGCAGCGCUUCGCGAACCAGACGCCGGAGGUGCCCGAGGAGCGACUGCGGAAAGCGCGGGAACGACGUCGGCGUCGAGAGCAGGUCCAGGACGAGGGCUCGCGCGGGGGCACUUCCGACUCGCAGAGCAGCCUGACAGAGUCGCUGGAGAUGCCAGAGUACGAGCCGAAAAUGGAGCUGAAGGACCCGGAGCAGUGUCCAACGUGGACAGUCUGGCUCGAAGAGGCUAAGUUAGCCGACGCCCCGGAAGAGCCAGAAACGGACCGCUUGGCAGAGGCGUGCGACAAGGGUGCAGGCAGCAGACUCGCCGAGCAGCCCCCUAAGCCCGUCGAAUUCGCUGACGAGUACGGCGCCGUGUACAAGUCCGUGCGCAGAGACGGCAACUGCGUCUUCCGCGCAUUCGCCUUAAAACUGUUCCACGAUGAGAAGCACCACCGGGUGGUGCGCCGCGGCGUGGUCAACCACGUCCUCAACAACUGGUGGUCGACCUACGCCAAGCUGACCCGCUUCGCCAACCAGGACACUUACCGCCGGUUCAUGGAGAGGGACGGCUCUCCCGGCGGCGCGGUGGAGGUGCGUGCGGCCGCGGAGGCCUUCUACCACACCGUCGGCGUCGUGCAAGACGGCGUGCUCGAGGUGCUCUCCCUGAGGAACGACGCCGACCCCAUCGUCCUGCGCAAGACCGGCGAGGACCCCACGGUGUUCUACGACACAUGCGUCAUCCUGCCGCCCGGAGGAUGGAAGCGCGGCGAUGCCGACAUGAUCGCGCUGGGCUGGCGGAUCCUGGUGACGGAGAACAGGCUGCCCGAGCUUUCCGCCGUCGCGGGGCCGUCCAGGUCAGGCCAGGCUGGAGCGGGGAGGCACCCCGACGAAGGGCACGCGGACCAGCUAGUAGGCACUGCGGGCCGGUGCUAUGGGCCAGCGCGGCCGCGGGGGAGGCGGGCAAAACAAAAAGCCCUUGAGAAGAUGCAGGAGCUGCAGGACAUUGAUCGGCAGCUCGACGUGCAGCUGUCGAGGCCGGAGGCGCGCGGGAUUGUUCCGGAGCAUGUGCAGGGAGAGGGGCAGUUGCCGCCAUGGCGUGAGGAGGGCGGGCGCCUCCAGGUGCAACCCACCCUGGUGCAACCCACCCUGGUGCAACCCACCCUGAUGCAACCCACCCUGGUGCAACCCACCCUGGUGCAACCCACCCUGAUGCAACCCACCCUGGUGCAACCCACCCUGGUGCAACCGUGGUCGGUGCAGGGGGAGGACUUGAACAACACGCCAGGUCACAUCGAGGUGCCACUAGGUAGCCUGGUGAAACUGGAAAUUGAAGCACCGGAGGAGACUGCAGGAGCACUUGACGCCUUCCGGGAGAACGAGGGUUUAGUGAUGCUUGAUAGUGGACCGGAGGACGCGGAGAGCUGCCAGAACUUGGGAGAUGCGACACCAGACGACGACGUGCUGCCGGUGGGCGCCAGCUACACCGACGAGUUCGGCGCCGUGUACAAGGCCGUGACCAAGGACGGCGAGUGCGUCUUCCGCGCCCUCGCGGCGCGGCUGUUUAGCGACGAGAGUCACCACGCGGUGGUGCGGACGGGGGUGUUUAAGCACAUCGACCAGAACUGGGAGGACUACGCCCCGCUGACGGGCUUCGCCGAGUUCACGGACUACAAGCAGUUCAUGAGCAAAGAGGGCCACCGCGGCGGCCUCGUGGAGGCGCGUGCCGCCGGCGAGGCCUUCUACCGCACCGUGGCCGUCGUGCAGGAAGGCGUGAUCGAGCUGGCCGCCCGGCAGGACGACCGCGACCCCAUCGUGCUGCGGAGGUCGGGGCAGCACUACGACCCCUGCAUCACCGUGCCGCUGGGCGGCUGGCGGGGCGCCCAGGACGACCUCGUCAAGCUCUACUACCGGAAAGAGGCGAAGACCCCGAAACCCGUCGCCGUACCAUCUUUAGGAAACCAUGGGCGCCAAGGCAAUGGAGAUCUUGUAGAGCCGUCAGCAGAGACCGCUAGCUCUACCGUCAGCACUACCGUCAGCACUACCGUCAGCACUACCGUCAGCACUACCGUCAGGACUACCGCCAGCACUACCGCCGGCACCGCCGUCGGCGCCACCGCCGGCACCACCACCGGCACCACCGCCGGCACCACCGCCGGUACUACUGGCGCGCACUACACCGACGAGUUUGGAGCCGUGUACAAGGCCGUGCGCAAGGACGCCAACUGCAUCUUCCGCGCGCUCGCGGAGCAGGUGUUCGGCGGCGAAAAGCACCACCAGGUGGUGAGAACCGCCGUCCUCAACCACGUCCUCAAGAACUGGGAGCCCACCUACAGAGAGCUGACCGGCUUCGACAGGCAGGACUCGUACCGCAGCUACAUGGAGCGUCUCGGCAGCGGUGGCGUCGUGGAGGCGCGCGCGGCCGGGGAGGGCUUCUUCCGCACCGUGGCCAUCGUGCAGGACGGCGUGAUGGAGGUGGCGACGCAGCAGAAGCGCAACCCCAUCGUGUUGCGGAGGAUCGCGGCAGAACCCGCGGACCACUACGACGUGUGCAUCACCCUGCCCCUGUUCGGCUGGAAGGGCUCCAAGGCGGAUCUCCACAAGCUCAACGGCGAAGCCGUCGUGAGCGGGCCGCGGGGCGGCGUGGUGCGGAUGCGCCCCGCCACGCGCCCCGAGAUGCCCCAUGCGCCGCCGAUGAACCCUCUAGCGGGAGAAACGUGGACGGCAAGUGCGGCAGGACCCAGCACAGAACUGCUGGGCAAGAACACUUCCGGAAGCCAUUCUGACUCUCACGACACUCAGUCUGACGAUGAGAUCCAGGUCAUCGAGGUUAAACCGGUAAUCGAACAUAAGACGUCGGAGCAGCAAGUGGCCGCGCCCGCACCUCUGGAGGAAAUGCGUGACUCGGAAAAGAAGAGUGUGCAAGAGGCGGACAGUGGGACAUCUGUCACUUGCGGGGGCGAGGACUGCACCGACGAGUUUGGCGGCUUGUACAAGACCGUGCGCAGGGACGGCAACUGCGUCUUCCGCGCGCUCGCGGUGCAGCUGUUCGAGGACGAGAAGCACCACCCGGUGGUGCGGCGUUCGGUGGUGAACCACGUCGUCAACAAGUGGCCGACCUACGCCCAGCUGACCAGCUUCGCCGGCCCGGACGCGUACCGCGGGCACAUGGAGAAGGAAGGUGCCGGCGGCAGCGCCGCGGAGGUGCGCGCGGCCGGGGAGGCCUUCUACCGCACCAUCGGCGUCGUGCAGGACGGCGUGCUCGAGGUGGCCGCCCUCUCCAGGACCGACGACAACCCUGUUGUGCUGAGGAGGACCGGGUCGCCACCGGACGAGUUCUACGACGCGUACAUCACGCUGCCUCCGUGGGGCUGGAAGGGCGGCCAAGACGACUUUGACAAGCUGGUCGGUCCCAGACCGCGCCCGCCAGGCCAGGCGGCUGCUCCCGUGAAACCGACUCAAAGCCCGACGGACUCGAAGCAGGAGAAGCUCGAUGUGAAUCCAAAUGGCUCAGUUCUACAAGACGAAAUGCGGAGUGAACCGAAUGCAAAGAAACAGCAGAGACAGAGCUCAAAGGGCAAAGCGAGUAAACCGAGUAAACAAGCGCGACAGCAGGCUGCGUUUGAAUCGUCUGAGGACAGUAGUGAGCAGGCUGCGUCCGAGUCGUCGGGGGAUUGUUGGCGUUUAGACAACCAUCAGUCUGAGAGGUCUGAGACCGAAUCGUCCGCAGAUAGUGGCGGCGGUAGGUGGACCAGGACCACCAGGACUUCGGCGGAGCGGGCGCUGACGGCCAGGGUGCGCAAGAGGCGGGAGAACGCCAGGAUGCAGGCGAGCGUGUACAUAUGGGGUCGCAUCCAGAACGAGACGGCGGACCAGCGACUGGCCCGUGGGGAGAGGGAGGACGCCAGCCAGAGGCGCGCGGCCCAGAAGCAGCGGCAGGUGGCGGCCAGGGGGCGGGCGCGGUCGCCGAAAAAAGAGACUCCAGAAACCGAUUGUCCUCAGCGGCGACGGCGGCGGGCGGUCCCCCGCCGUGUCCGCAGCCCGGGGGCGCCCCCAAUCCCGAAGCCGGCGCGCCCCGGAGAGACCCCAGAGGAGCGCGAGGCGCGGCUGAAGAUAGGCCGCGACUACGCGAGGUACAUGAGCCGCAAGCGCGUCGAGGAGAGGGGCCUGGAGGCCGUGAAGGAGGAGCGGCGCGACUACCAGCGGCGCUACAAGGAGCGCAACAGGGAGCGGAUAAAUGCGCUCAAGCGGCAGAGGUGCGCCAACCGCGACCAGGAGCUGCUCGAGGCGCGCCAGCGCGCCCAGCAGGACGGGUCGCUCGAGGACCGACCGGAGGGGCCGAUGACGCAGGAGGAGGCGCUCGCGGAGCUCGAGGCCCAGCUGGAGAAGCGGCGCGCCUACGCGAGGGAGUACCACCGGCGGAACAAGGGGAGGAUCACCGAGCGGCGGCGCCAGCUCGCCGCAGAACGCGGACCCAAGAAGCUCACGGGGGAGAGGCUGGAGGCGCGGCGGAAGUACAGGCGCGAGCGCUACCACAGGCAGAUGCAAAAGCUCAGGGAGCAACCUCCGGACGUGAUCGAGGCCGAGCGGCAGAGGGUGCGCCACCAGAAGCAGGAGUACGCGAGACUCAUCCGGCAGAAGAUUGAAGAGGGGAGGCGCAACCAGGACAUACCGAUGGACCUCGUGGAGAGGCUGGAGCGGAGGCGCGCCUACUGCCGCGCCUACUCGCAGGCCAACAAGGACAAAAUAGCCGAACGGGUGUGGAGGCGCCGGAACAACAUCCCCAAAGGCCAAGAGGAGGGCGAGAACGGCGCGCCCAUUAGGAAAAGGAGGCCAUGGCGCAGGAGGAAAGCGACAGUUGUGUCCGAGGCCGCGGCGACGUCGGGGGAGGCAGCUAUGUCCGAGGCCGCGGCAACGCUCGGGGCGGCUUCAGGGGCGCCGAGCGAGGACAGCCGCGCGGCCGCGGUUACCAGGCGGAGGAGUGGCAGAACGUCUACCACCCACUACUACUUCGACUCCGAGGACGACGCCGACGAUGUGUGAGGGGAGACAGAGCAGGCCGGGGGAGGAGCGCGCCGCACACAAUCGAGCAGCACUGCUGUGUGAGUCCGGUCCGGCCCUUCCUGAGGAUGGUGUACAACCUGAUGCCGAUGCGACUACUCAGUUAUUCUGGAACCUGCAUCAACCGCUUCCUCGUAAGACUGCAUCGACUGCCCACACUGAGGGGUCGGAGGUCGGAGUCAAUCGAGUUGAUGGUGUGAACCUGGCUGUUGAGGGUGAAAGAAGGGGCUGACCAGAGGGUGACGACGAGUUGACAUCCGCAAGUAUGAAUGGAAGAAUAGUUCGAGGCGCUCCCCACCUGUUUGAGGUCAAGAUGCAGGCCAGCUCAGGGGCGAACUGCACCCCAAGACGACGACCUUGAUGUCCUUCCUUGGCGCGACCGCGGUGCGGCCGUCGGUUUUCGUCGGGUGAAGACAAAGUGUCCCCACACUUAAAAUUAAGGUCUUUCAUAUUUUUCUUUAAUGACAAGAACCGAGCCACGAAGGCUCAAU